AUGGCGCCCGAGAUCAUGGCAGUCGCUCAUCCCGACGAACUCUCAACGGCGACUCGAACGACGCCGGGAACUGAACUAUUAUACCACAACGAUAAAGAUCACGCCAUCACGACUGUGGAAGGGUAUCCAAUUCAGUACAUUGAGAGAGAUGAUGGUUGUAUCAUUCUAGUACCUCAGCCAUCGCCGAAUGAUCCCAAUGACCCCUUGCGUUGGCCUGCAUGGCUCAAAUGGAGUACCUUUCUAAAUGCCUUGAGCUACUCAUUCAUGGGCGGCGUGACGGGUCCCAUCAUGGCUGCAAUGAUGAUUCCGCUCUCGGAGCGAUUUGGUCAGACAUUGCAAAGAAUGUCCUAUGCCAACGGGGCGACUCUUGUAUGCCAGGGCGUCGGCAAUACGCUGUGGAUGCCCCUUGCCAUCAAGUUUGGGAGGCGACCAGUCUACCUGGCAUCCAACACUCUCAUGGGCAUUGCCUGCAUCUGGCUAGGUGUAGCAACGAAUGCGUCUUAUACGCCCUUCAUCAUUGGCCGGGCGUUUCUUGGGCUCUUUGAAGCGCCGAUCGAGUCGAUUGUCCCCAGCACCGUUACUGAUAUCUUCUUUCUACACAAUCGAGGCGCUCGCAUCUCCAUGUACGGUCUGUCCGUACUUGGAGGUAAUGAGCUUGGACCCUUGUUUUCUGCAAUCAUAUUUCAGUCCCUUGGCUCAGCAUGGGCAUUCUACAUUGUAGCCAUCUUUAUUUUCGCCAACUCAAUCACCAUGUUCUUCUUCAUGCCAGAGAGCAGGUAUCUGGGCGCACGACCAACUGUGAGCUUGGCUCCCUCGGGCCCAACGCCAGCGGCACAAGCUCGAGACAAGGGCGGUGUCGAGAUGGUGGAAGACGUGAGAGAGACGCGGCCCCAUGCCAAGACGCUCGUGGCUGCGCAAAAGACAUCCCUCGGUGAAGUGGUUCCCAAGCAAAGCUUUGGCCGGAAUCUUGCCUUAUGGGAGGCGCCCGACAAGAACGCUGGCCUCGCAAAGGACUUUCUCCGGCCCUUUAUUCUUUUGACAUAUCCUACCGUUCUGUGGACUUGUUUGAUUUACGGAGCAUCUUUGGGUUGGAAUGUGAUACUUGGUGCCACAGUGGCCCAACUCUUUGAGCCGCAGUACGGCUUUGAUUCACAGGCCCAAGGUCUCGUGUUUCUCGCCCCCUUUGUUGGAUCCCUCGUCGGCACCUGGCUCUGCGGACCCAUGGCCGACUCCAUCGCCAACUAUUAUACCAGGCUCAAUGAUGGUGUGCGCGAGCCCGAGAUGCGACUCCCUACGUGUGCAAUCGCAGCCGCGUUGACAACUGCUGGCGCCCUUGUAGCGUCUCUCACCUAUCACUACGACACGCAUUGGAUUGGACCCAUUUUUGGAAUUGGUAUCUUGGGUGCUGGUGCUCAAAUGGGAGCCACACUUUCCAUGAGCUACGCAUCAGACUGUCACACAGAUCUCAUUGUCGAGCUCAUGGUCGCGGUGGCUUCACUCAAGUCGCUUAUUGCAUGGAUAUGGACUUGGGUUAUCAACGACUGGAUUGCUGCUCAGGGAAUGCUCGUCGCCUUCAUGACUGUUGCUGCGAUCAAUAUUGUUCUUUAUCUGACGACGAUUUUGCUCUACAUUUAUGGGAAGAGGCUGCGAACCUGGAUUCAUGAGCACGACAUGUUGGCCAAGGCAGGUCUGCGGUAG